UCUGCUUGCUUAGCCAUGUGACUGGAAAGUAGCAGAAGCAGGAAGCAGGACUUGAACCCUGGUAAGCAGCAUUUACCACACUACACUGUCCCCUCAGCAAAGAACAUAGACUCCAUCCAUGCUCCAGAGAUGCUGAUGGGCUCGAAGGGGAGGUAAAGGGGAAUGAUUGACAGUUUGCCUGCUCUCCUUUGACCCCCACUGAAGCUUUCUCAAGGCUUUACUACUUCAAGUGUGCCACAGAUGAGUAAUUAAGGUAGGAGAGAUCAGUGCAGGUAGUAAAUGGCACAAGACAGAAUGUCAGGGCAGGAAGAGGCACAGCAGGUGCCCAGGCCAGGUGGCUAGUGAGAGAACAGGAUGGCAUGGAUACCCUCAUUGUUCAAAGUUUACUCUAGUUCCCUUAAACAGGGAGUGGCAUCCGGCCAUUCCUGUAAUCCUAGCACUAGAAGGUGAAGGAAAAUAUCUUAUUUGGUGUUAUUAUUGCUGUGAUGAAACACCAUAACCAAAGCAACUUGGGUGAGAUCCCGGAGGUAGGAGCUGAUGAAGAGGCCAUGGACAGGUGCCACUUAUACUGGCUUGCUCCUCAUGGCUUGCUCAGCCUGCUUUCUUAUAGAACUCAAGACCACCUGCCCAGGGACGGCACCAGACACAAUGGUCUGGGCCCUCCCGCAUUGAUCACUAACUAAGAAAAUGCAUUACAGCCAGAUUUUAUGGAGGCAUUUUCUCAAUUGAGGUUCCCUCUUCUCAGAUGACUCUAGCUUGUGUCAAGUUGACAUAAAACUAACCAGGACAAAAGAUAAUCAGAAGUUAAAGGUUAUCAUCCUUGACUGCGUAAGGAGUUUGAGGCUAGCAUGGGCUAUAUAAGAUCCUUGUAUACAAAAUACACACACACACACACACACACACACACACACACACACACACACACACAAACACAAGAGUGACAGUGCUGUGUGCCAGUGCCAACAUGCACAAUUAAGUAGGGGAAUAGUUAAAGAUGUGGAAUUUUCUGGCAGGGCUUGAGGGCACAUGAGUAGGCUACAAUCAAGAAAGGGCCUGAUCUUGAACAACAAAUAACAACAGGUAGACACAGAACCAAAUGGAAGAUGCCAAAGUCAUAAUCUGAUAUCAUCCAGUGGCCAUGAGAUACGCAGUUGUCACCACACUCCUGGAGAACCGUAAUAUAAUCCUUUGUUACAGAAGAGAAGAACAUCGGGGCCAGAGAUCUGACUGGCUUCAUUGUGCUGCUGUUCCAAGCAGUGACCAACAAAUGUAGUUUAGUUCAUGCCCUGGCCUCAUGCCCCCUUGAUCAGCUACACUGAGUUCAUUUACCAGAAGCGCAAUCUAAACCCAAGCAAAGCAGUAUCUGCUCCAUUAUUUUGUUCUCCCAGCCAGCGCUGGAUCCAACUGGAGCGAGGAGAGGAUAAGAGAAAUGUAGGAUGCAGAAUGAGCAGAGUGUGGGGACGGACACACCCUGAGGAAGGCAGGGAAGAGAUGUGGGGCUUCUGGUUGAGCACAUGGGUGAAAGGUGGUACCACUAACAGAGGAAGGGCUGGAUGGCAAUGCACAGCAUGAUGGAGACUGACUUCGAACACGUGUCUGCCAUCCUGGGUGACAUCUAGGAGGGUAUGCAUCAGCAUGAUAAACAUAAAGCUGUGAAGGUGAACUGUGGGGGACCUACAACACUCACUGUCUUCAGGAACUCCUUGUUCUGUUUUGGUUCAGUGAUUCUCCUGUCUCAGCCUCUCUGAAUGCCAGGAGAACAGGUUUGAGCCAGUACCUAGAUUAUAUAAUGCUGGGUACCCAAACCAGGGCCUCCUUCACACUAGACAACACUACUCCAACUGCACCAGGUCCUUCGUUUUGGUUUUUUUGUUUGUUUGGUUGGUUGGUUAGUUGGUUGUGUUUGUUUGUUUUUGUUUUUGUUUUAAACAAGGUCUCAUGUAACCCAGUUUGGCCUUGAACUCAUUAUGUAGCUGAGGAUGACCCUGAACUCUGGAUCCUCUGCUCUUCCAACUCUUGUGUGCUGGUAGACUAAAGGCAUGCACCAUGCAGGUCUCAGCUUUAUUUAACCUCUUAGCAGAGUUGAGAAGGGACUGAGCCGGAUUCUGGGAGAGACCUGAAGGGGGUAGAGAGGCAUCCCACUGGUAUCAAAAAUUCCUGGCUCAUCUGUGACUUGCUCCCCCCACCCCAGAUGGCUUUGCCCUGCUGCAGGUCCAAGAAUCCCAGGUCCAAGAAUUCCAAGACACUGGCUUUCCUGCUAGUGGGUGUGACUUUCGUGGUGCUGCACCAGUGGCUCCUUCAGGAGUCCACGCAGGAGAAAGCUGAGGUUCCCACCGCUGCCCCCUGGUCCUCCGCAGCUGCAGUGCAGCAUUUACCACACCUCCCGGUGCCUCGGUGCGUGGCCAACGCCUCUGUGAACCUCACCGCCGGCUUCCAGCAGCUGCCGGAUCGGAUCCAAGACUUCCUACGCUACCGCCACUGCCGCCGCUUCCCCCAGCUCUGGGACGCGCCCCACAAGUGCGAGGGCAGCCGCGGCGUCUUCCUGCUGCUGGCCGUGAAGUCGUCGCCCGCGCACUACGAGCGGCGCGAACUGAUCCGGCGCACGUGGGGCCAGGAGCGCAGCUACCGCGGGCGGCAGGUGCGUCGCCUCUUCCUGCUGGGGACCUCCCCGCCCGAAGAGGCGGAGCGGGAGCCUCAGUUGGCGAGUCUGCUGGACCUGGAGGCGCAGGAGCACGGUGACGUGCUGCAGUGGGACUUCAAGGACACCUUCCUCAACCUCUCGCUUAAGCACCUGCACCUGCUGGAUUGGACAGCGGAGCGCUGCCCCGGCGCCAGCUUCCUGCUCAGCUGCGACGACGACGUCUUCGUGCACACAGCCAACGUGCUGCACUUCCUCGAGACACAGUCGCCGGAGCGCCACCUCUUUGCCGGGCAGCUCAUGGACGGUUCUGUGCCCAUCCGCGACAGCUGGAGCAAAUAUUUCGUGCCCCCGCAGCUCUUCCCGGGCAAGGCCUACCCAGUGUACUGCAGCGGCGGCGGCUUCCUUCUGUCCAGCCGCACAGCCCGCGACCUGCGCAGCGCGGCGCGCUAUGUCCCGCCUUUCCCCAUCGACGACGCCUACAUGGGCAUGUGUCUGCAGCAGGCCGGCCUGGCGCCCAGCGGCCAUGAGGGCAUCCGGCCCUUCGGCGUACGGAUGCCCGGUGCGCAGCGCUCAUCCUUCGACCCCUGCGUGUACCGCAACCUGUUGCUGGUGCACCGCUUCGCGCCCUACGAGAUGCUGCUCAUGUGGAAGGCGCUGCACAACCCGGAGCUGCACUGUAGCCUCAGACACGAUGAAAGGUCUCCCAAGGCCAGAAUGCUUGGGAGCUGAGAGUGCAUCUUCUGAUCUGAACCCCGAUGCACACUCAUGUCACCUUGAGGGCAGAUCUGGAAAGCAUUAUAUACCUGUACAUGUUCUGGGCUUCAACUUCAGGGGUUCUUGGUCAGGGGUGUCUUCAGACGUAUAGGUGUGUUUUUCUUAUUUGAAGCUGACCUCUGGUCUGGGAAUAUCUGUUUAUCCUCACACAUCAGCCUUCCGGGGCACCUGUCUUCCAUCCUCCAUUCAUCGUGGGCAGCAAGAGAAGCAUGGCUACCAAGGUCAAUGUCAGCUGUUAAGUGCAGCGCAAUUAUGAAUCGCCAUUUCCACCGUUUCCUCUACCAAGGAGUGGAGCUCCCAGAAGCCAGUUUACACUCAGAACUAAGGGGCGUCUGGCAGUCUUGCUUCCACCAAGCUCCAGGACUCUCCUGAGGUCAAAGUGCAAGUGAAGCUCAUUUAGGGCAGCCGCGGGAGGCACCAUGGCAGCCACCUUUCUGCAGCCCUGACUGAACUCCUGGUAGCUAAGGCCUUGUUUCCCCAGUGCUUUAGGAAAUGCAUGGCUGAGUGGACGGUGGCCAUCUGCCCCAGUGGUGUAGAGUGUAUCUGUGAGAACAUUGUAUUAGUUUCCUGUUGCUGCUGUAACAAAUUAGCGAAUUCUCAGCAACUUUCGAAGCCUAGGGACAAGCCCACUUACCCUGUAGUUCUCUGACAACACGGUCUCCUUAGGCUAAAGUCAUGUGUUGGUAAAACUGUCUUCCUUCCUGGGUAGCCUAGGGGAGAACACACACCCAGUUUAUUCCCCGUCUUCCAAACCAGCGAUGCUGCAUUUCUCUACAGCCAAAUUUCUCCCUGACUCGUCUUUUGCCUCCAUCCACUGUUCUCCUUCCCUGGAGCUAAACCCCGGGUUCUCCUGGCUUAGCUUGUCAUCUGUUGGUUUGUUAGAACAAGGUCUCAUGUAGCCCCGGCUGCCCUGAAACUUGCUAUGCAGUGAAGCGUGAUCUUGAAUUCCAGAGCUUCUUGCCUUCGCCUCCCAAAGGGUGGAUUACAGGUUUGUCUCCACACCACGGUAAUACCUUCAGGUUGUAAAGCCAGCUUACUCACAAUAUCAUAGUUCAUCUUGUCAUUCACUGUACCCUAAUUUAGUCACAGGUUUCAGAUAUUAGGGUGUGGACAUCUUUGGAGGACCAUUGGUACUGUCUACCAUAAUGCCAGUCAGUGUGUGUGAGAAUAAUA